AUGCCGCGGGCUACGGUGUACGUUUGUCUUCUCUAUCGGGUUUACGGUCUAAUUAGCGGAUCGGACACAUACGAGGCACACAAUAAUUGCAGGAUCCGUUUCAGUCCGGUAACCUCCGAUUGCCAGCGACUCGCGAGGCGGGUCGUCUCCUGGAAGAGGCUUGUAUCGCUCAGAAUGGCUCUCAUACAUUCGCUGGAGCCCCAAGAUCGCCUCACUAUCUAG